AUGUUAAAUGACACAAUAACGAUGCUAAAUCAAGAACAACAACAAGAGCAACAAGAAUAUCAACAACAGGAUCAACAAGAACUACAGGAUCAGCAAGAAUAUAAAGAAGAACAAGAACAUAAAGAAGAACAGGAAUAUCAACAACAGGAUCAACAACAACCAGAACAAAUCUAUGAUAUGAGAUCCAGAUCUCAAGAUUUAGUUUGGACAGACCACGAAUAUACCAUGUUACAAUUGCAACAGCAGCCGCAACAACAGCAACAGAUUACAGAUCAGUUAUCGUCAAAACGACAGGAUUUUAAUACAAUUCAAAACGAUAACGAGAUUAUUCAACAACAACACUAUAGUGAACUCCCAAUCUUGGAAAAUAUAGACCGUCACCUAACAUUGCCACCACCACAACAACAACAACAUGGAUCUCAAAUCACCACUGAAGGAGAAGCUGUUUUACAGCUGCAACAACAGCAACAACAAGAAGAUUAUCAUAACUAUGAUAAUCAUCAACAGCAAUAUUACCCAGACGCAUUAGCGUUAGAAGUGUCAGAAGUUGAAAACAAUUUGAAUAAGAAUAUAUGUGAACGAACAUUUUUUGAAAAAAGUGUAUUAUCUAAAAUUCAAGAAGACUUGGAUAAGAUACUAAGAGACACGAGAGAUGAACACAGUAUCUUUAUUUCAUUUAGAGAUGUUGUGUCCUAUGAUAAUAACAAAUUGGUAUCAACAGUAAUAAGAAUAGAAUUAGACCCUGAUCAAACACAACAUGAAACCCACAACAACACGGACCAUCGUCCGCCCAAACAGGCGGAUCCAAGGUUUUUAUCAGAGCAUGGGACCGAGAACUCGAUCCAUCAUCCUCCAUGUCGGCAACGGCAGCAGCAGGAAGAGGUCAAUUGCAACUACCAUAUGAUUCCUCCAAGUUUAUUGAAACAAUACAAUCAAACGAAUAUGGAAUAUCACCAAGUUUUAAUAAAGUUUAUAGAUCUUGAAAAUAAUGAAGUUAUAGUAGAUUUCAAUAGAAUUGAAAAAACUAUCACCAAUAGACACCUAUACUUAGAGAAUGACAAGUUACCAAAUUCGAAAACACCCAUUGAAAUUGUAUAA